GGCCGUAAGCAGGUUUCGGCCACCUGUGGUCGAGUCUCUCUACAAAGACCUGUGCGUUGCCAAAGAAGUGGCACUUAUGCAAAGCCGCAAGUCCUGGCUUUCCUUCCUGGAGAAGCUGAGUGCGAGGUACACAGACUACCAGCAGGCGGUGAAGAGCAUAGCCACGGUAGACUGCUUCUUGUCCCUGGCAGAGACUGCUUCCCAGGCUGGAUAUUGCAGGCCACAGAUGCUGCCCAAAGAUUCGGCGACAAUCCGAAUUGUCCAGGGAAGACAUCCAGUGCUGGAGCUGAGUUCCGCGCAGCAGUACUACGUGAGCAACGACACUGAUCUCAGUGAGACUAUGCGUUGUUGCAUCAUUACGGGUCCCAACAUGGGUGGCAAGAGCUCGUACAUGCGCCAGGUUGCCCUCGUUGUCAUCAUGGCGCACCUCGGGUCCUAUGUGCCUGCCGAAUCAGCAACCAUCAGCCUGAUUGAUGGCAUCUACGUCAGAAUGGGCGCUGAGGAUGACAUCACUCGCUGGAGAAGCACGUUCCUCAGUGAGAUGCUGGAAACCACAGAGAUCCUGGACAAGUGCACCAACCACUCCUUGGUCAUCCUGGACGAGCUGGGUCGAGGCACCGCCACACACGACGGCACCGCUAUCGCCUGGGCUACACUUCGUCACAUCGUGGAAGAGAAACGGUGCUUGGUCUUGUUCGUAACACACUACCCACCAGUUACGCAGAUGAAAAAUUUAUAUCCUAACAAUGUUGUGAACUGCCACACAGCUUUUGAUGUGGACCAUGAAGAUGCAGUGACAUUUUUGUAUAGUCUACAGCCUGGCGCUGCUGAGAAAAGUUAUGGACUUAAUGUAGCCAGACUUGCAAAGAUUCCAGAGCAAGUCAUCAUCCGCGCACGUGAGAAGGCGACAGAGCUGGAAGAGGUCAUGAAGGCCAAGGAAAAACUUAAGCUGCACAAUGCACCCAGUGAAGGCCCUGGAUAGCAAGAACCUUCUGUAGAUAAGCUUUUCUGAUUGUCAAGUUGUUUGUACAGUUGUCUUAUUUGUUUUCCAAAUGGUUGUCCUAUUUGUUUGUCCCACCUAUUCUCUUUGUUAGUACUGAGCAGUUGUGAAGGAGUUAUCUGUGGUUGUAAAAACUGACUCAACAAUGUGCAUGCUAGGAUCCCAGUUUAAGUACCUUCGAUGCUCUAAUAAAACCUCGCUGAAAGCUAA